ACUAAGCAUUGAGCAACCUGUUUCAUCUGCCUCACAGAGACAAAGUUUAUCUUCCCCUGAGCUCAAUUUAGCAAUGGCAGUCACGUCGUCUUCACACACGCUUUGGAGUAGAGAAUGCUCACUUUCAUUUCAUGCAAUACUCUGUUUCUUUCUCUUCAUUUGUGUUGUCAGAGAGACCAGCAGCAGUGAGCAGCCUUCACUGCAGGCCACUGUGGACCCAGUGGACUGUGUCCUGACAGACUGGUCUUCAUGGACACGUUGUGACCCCUGCCAGAAGAAGAGGUAUCGUUACAAGAAGUUGCAGCAGCCAUCUCAGUUUGGUGGUGAGCCGUGUAAUGUGCAUGGCCGUGAUGAGGAGUCCUGUACCCCCUCUGCCAGACUCACCUGCAGAGACGUUCCAUCAUGCGAGGGCUUUGCCUGUGCCACCACAGGGCGCUGUGUGCCGACUCACUUGCGCUGCAACGGAGAUGAUGACUGCGGGGACGGUUCUGACGAGAAGAGCUGUAAGAGCACAAUCCGAGCUUGCAAAGAGAAGACCGAGGAAUUCUGGGGCAUUGAGAACCUUGCAAAGGGAAUCAACAUACUGAACAGCAAUCUGGAAGGAGUGGUUAUUGAUAACAGAUAUUACGCUGGAAGCUGUCUGCCACAUUACAUCAAAGACAUCAGAUUCAGAAAACCUUAUAAUCUGCAGCAAUACACUGCUGAGACAAAGGGAUCCUAUGACUUCACACUUGAUGAAUUUGAGUCCUACUCCAGCUUUGAGAAGCACAGGAUGGAGGCACACUUGUCUAAGACUACUGUGUCCAUUGGCUUUAAGGUCCCUGGAGCCUUUGAGUUCGGUUUUAAUUACAACGACAUGAAGUACAAGAAACAUGAGCAGAAAAUGCGUCGCUUUUCUGGGACGAAACACAGCUUUAUUCGGGCGCACUCCAAGCUGGAGGUGGCCCGGUACAUGCUCAAGCCGGGGGACCUGAUGCUGCACCCCGAGUUCCUCCAGCGACUCCGAGCCCUGCCCCUGGAGUACAGCUAUGGGGAAUACAGGCAGAUCUACAUUGACUACGGGACCCACUAUAUCACAGAGGCCACGCUUGGGGGGGAGUACGAGUACACCGUCGUGCUGAACAAAGAAAACAUGGAGAAGUCAGGAUACAGUCUGUCGGACACCAAGAAGUGCGUUCAGGCCGGUAUGAAGGUGGGAAUAAACAUUCAGGGUGUGUACGUUUCUCUGGGAGCAGAGGGAGGAAGCUGUAAAGGCUUACUCAAGGAGCUGGGAGAUAGUACUGUGGAAAGGAAGCACGUGGAGGACUUUGUGGCCUUAGUGAAGGGGGGCAGCAGUGAGUCUAUCACCCGGCUGGCCUUCAAUCAGCUGCCCACCCCCGAGAUCAUGCAGGAGUGGGGCGAUUCCGUCUUUUACAACCCGGACUUCCUCCAAACCAAGGUGGAGCCUCUUUAUGAGCUGGUGAACCCAAAAGAUUUUGUGAGUGCUGGAACAUUAAAGAGGAACCUAAAGCUAGCCCUCAGCGAGUACCUGGAUGAAGCCAGCCCCUGUCGCUGUGUCUCUUGUCUCAAUAAUGGAGUGGCCGUCCUCAAAGGCACAAGAUGUGAUUGCAUAUGUCCUGUGGGCUUCAGUGGGAGAGGCUGUGAGGUCACCCAAAGAACUGGUGUUGCAGUCGAUGGAGGAUGGAGCUGCUGGUCAUCCUGGUCAGCUUGCAGUCUUCGCACCAAACACAGAACCCGGCAGUGCACCCACCCCACCCCACAGAACGGGGGUGCCCCUUGCUCUGGAAUAAAUUCAGAAACCACAGACUGCAUUUAACUCACCAUGCACAUACAAAUACAACAAUAAAAUGCAUCACUGGGAA